AAAACUUCCGGCCCGCGCGCCGCUCAGGCGGAGGAAGCGGAGGCCUGGACUGGCGUCUGUAGGGUCUGGACUCUGUCCUCGUCGUCUGCGUUGCUGUCCCGAGCCGGCGCGAGGUCGCGGGCAGCGAUCCUGACGUCCGGUCCAGUCAGAAUUCUCGGUGCGGAUCCAAAUAGCCUGUUUUUGCUUUUGGUCUGUCCCCGAACACUGCGUGUUACCGCGCUGGGGAAGAAGGGGACCCGAGGCUGAGUGGCUCCUGCUCGGAUUUCUACCAGCAAGGUUGGCCCCUAGGUGGGGUGAAGUGUCCUGUGUCUCGCCUUUGCUCCGGCUCCAGCUGCAGGAUGAACUGUCGAUCAGAAGUGCUGGAGGUGUCGGUGGAGGGGCGGCAGGUGGAGGAGGCCAUGCUGGCGGUGCUGCACACGGUGCUCUUGCACCGCAGCACAGGCAAGUUUCACUACAAGAAGGAGGGCACUUACUCCAUAGGCACCGUGGGCAUCCAGGAUGUAGACUGUGACUUCAUCGACUUCACCUAUGUGCGUGUCUCCUCAGAGGAGCUGGACCGCGCCUUGCGCAAGGUUGUUGGGGAAUUCAAGGAUGCACUGCGGAACUCAGGUGGUGAUGGCCUGGGCCAGAUGUCCUUGGAAUUCUAUCAGAAGAAAAAGUCUCGAUGGCCUUUUUCGGAUGAGUGCAUCCCCUGGGAGGUGUGGACUGUCAAGGUGCACGUGGUAGCCUUGGCCACAGAGCAGGAACGGCAGAUCUGCAGGGAGAAGGUGGGCGAGAAGCUGUGCGAGAAGAUCAUCAACAUUGUGGAGGUGAUGAGCCGGCAUGAGUACCUGCCCAAGAUGCCCACACAGUCGGAGGUGGACAACGUGUUUGACACGGGCCUGCGGGACGUGCAGCCCUACCUCUACAAGAUCUCCUUUCAGAUCACCGAGGCCCUGGGCACCUCAGUCACCACCACCAUGCGCAGGCUCAUCAAAGACACCCUUGCCCUGUAGGCCUUGCUGAAGCCUUAAUGGCAGCUCCUUAAUGGUUCUGGGAGCGUGUUGCUGGGGUCUCGGGGCUCUGGAACCUGCACUAGAUCCUUGGUGAGACUUGAAGAGAAGCUCGUGGUGUCCUUGUUUUGUGGUUGCCAGCCUCUGGUGACCCUGUCACCUUUGCAGUGGUCUGGUCCUGGAUGCAGCCUUUCCACCUGCCUCUGGUGGGGUUCGAGUUCUGCACUGUACUGUACUGUAGGGGUGCUGAAUAAAGUUGAGGUGUCAGUUUGUCUCGGC